AUGUAUCAAGCUGUGACGGUAGUGUCGGCAAGAAUCCAGAAGACCUUAUUGCAACGGGCAGGCUAUAAGCUUGGUGACCCUAACCAAUUCCAAGGUCUCAAAUUUGAGGACGUUGCCACUCUUAUGUUUUUGUUACGAAGAUGUUGUGUUCCGUUCGUCAUCCCAAAGGGAAUUGAUACUCCCAAGCAGCAUUUUCCACACAUUGGCAUCCGGACCAUCCGAUGGAGUCGUAUCACAGAUGUCGAUAGGCGAUUUGUAUUCUUCCUGCAAACCCUGGUCAAGCCAUUUCAGACGCUUUGUCCCCACAUCGUCAUCACCAAAUUGAAUGAACUGUAUCCCAACCUUUUUGUCUGUGGCUCCAAUAUCUUCGAGGAAGUCGACCAUUCGCUUGAUCGCGCGCGCAACAUCUCGUUUGUUGACGAGCUAAGGUGGAGAUUCGACGAAAUAUCCAAAGACGCCUCGGACGCCUAUGCCCUAACUCACCAGCUGGAAUUUGCAACACCCACAGAUGCCCUCCUUCGUCGGCGACAAAUAGUACAACAAGCGCUGGACCUCAAUGUGGCCAUCGAGGCCAGGCGGGCGUCUGAAGCAUUAUACAAGGAGUGUUAUGACAUCUUGUGUAAGACCUCAAGACAGAACAAGCCACAGCCUGGACUGGAACUUCAUGUUUUCGCCAAUGAGCAAGGUGAUAGUCCACAUCUUGCUUACCGGAUGACAGUCGCUUUACCCAGUGCCGAUAGAGAGACGGAUGUUCUUGUUGAAGGUCCUAUACGCCCACAGCCGACGGGGCAGAUUGAGAGUGACUUUUCAAGCGCCUGCGGCUCCAUACGACGAGCUCUUCCAGCAUUCUUCACCAUAUUGCAGAACCAGACUUUUCGAUUACAGACACUGCAGGCGCACGGACGCCGUAAAUCUGAUUGCAAUUCAUCGCAAUGGGUAGCUUUUCUGGAAUCGGUCAAGACCCGGAACUCCCAGGUGCGACGAUUCCGGACGCAAGAGAAACUUGAGCUCGCUCUCCAGAUUGUGGAAACAGGGUUCUUCCUUCUAGGAACGUCCUGGUUACGCCAUCUGGAUGGCUCUUUUGUACACGUCAAUAACUGCGGCGAGCUCCAUCAACAACGGUUCGUCCUAACGUUUGCGGGUCGUGCCGACGCGAAUCUCAAUCACGUCGAGCCUCACUUGUUCCAUAUUGGAACCCUGCUCACCGAGCUGGCUCUGUUCACUCAAUGUCGAAUCAAGUCAUGGCAGGUCGAUACAGGAUACGAGUAUGACCUCGCAUUCUUCUGUGACGAGCGGAAGAAACACUUGAGCCUACCGCCACGCGAUAUGCUCAUCUAUCUGCAGCGGAAGUCUGAUGUCGGAAAGAUGAAGCAAUACUACACGGCUGUUCAAUUCUGUCUGCAGCAGUCAGAGAAUUUUCACCCAGAAUGGUACCGGGAGCAUUGGGAUAUUGACGAUUGGGAGGAACGCAAAGCUGCAUAUGCCGAAUUGCUCAAGGAAUAUUACACCCAGGUAUACAAGCCGUAA